CCGUGACGCAAUCACGUCGCCUCACGCUGUGGCGGCGGCAACCGGCGACAUGUGGCGGCUGAAGGCGCUGCUGGGCCGCGCGCUUCACCGCUGGCAAAUCUCCGGACCCUCGAGCUCACUGCGCCUGCCUCCCACCCACUGUGCCGACGAUGACUUGUUAAACCCAGCGGCUCGGCUGCCUGCCCACUGCACCUUCAGAAGCAGUCCAACAGAUGCUCAGAAUGGAGACGGUGGACAGGGGAAGCGGGAGGAAGAUGAACAGAGGACUCGGUUUUAUUCCAAGGCCUUGCCACGGUUUUCGGGAUUCGAUGCUGUUGGCUGGGGCGCCGCUGCCGUGGUGUUUCUACAGUUCGCCAGGCAUCUGCAUCACCACUUCUGCCAUCGCGUGGGACCCCCCGAGAGUGAGGCUGCCCCCCAGCUCUGUGUCCCAGGCAUCGUUGCCUCCGCACUGACACCAGACAGAAUCAGGUUCAGUCGCUGUAUCCUGCCUCGUGGUGUGGGUCCCGACUCCAUCAGCACCUCCGCGGCUCAGAGUUCCGGCUCGGCGGCCUCCUCCUCCUCUCCUGCAGGGGGCGCAGCUGUCCACUAUCGGUCCCGUCCGGGGAGCUUUGACAAUGUUGAACAAGAUGGUCCCCUGUUCAUGAAGUGUACAGAACGCUCAGAAUACAAUGCCAGAGAUGAGAGCCACCCACAGCCGCAGGUCCAGAGAGAGGAAGCGAGUUCAGAAGAAGCUUUAAACCGAGCCACGUCCGACUUACAAGGGGCUGCAAAGUCCAGCAUAUCUUCCAUAUUAAAUAUCAUCGGGCUUGAAAAUGUCAAAGCUCAAGACGAAGACUUGGCUUUCUCCUGUUUCAUGAUAGCAGCCCGACAAGGGUACAGUAAGGCUCAGUACAACGUGGGAGUGUGCUACGAACUGGGGAGAGGCACAGCCAAAGACAUCGAGAAGGCCAUGCUGUACUAUAGUCAGGCAGCAACUCAAGGACACCGCUUGGCCCAGUAUCGUUGGGCAAGGUAUCUGCUGGAGAUCAAGCCAGAAAGGAAUGUUGGAGAUACACAAAGGGCCAUUGAUCAGCUGAAGAAGGCAGCUAAGUCUGGACUCAGAGAGGCCCAGGCGUACCUGGGAGUGUUCUACACCAACAAGCCCCACCGAGACCUGGAGCAAGCUGUCAGCUACUUCUCUAUGGCAGCCAGAAGCGGGGACGCUGCGAGCCAGUUCCACCUGGGGAUGUGCUGCCAGAGAGGCUGGGGCGUACAGACGGACACGGGCAGGGCCGCUGAUCUCUACAUACAGGCAGCUGCUGCUGGCCACCCUGACGCUCUGUGGGCCCUGGGCGUGCUCCACCAGCAAGCACAAGCAGGAGGCCGAGGAGGGUCGUGGGGCAGUUCCUCACUGCGGUGUGUGUUGUCCUCGCCCAGUCUCCAUCCCCAGGGUACACCGCAGGAACUGUUCUCCCGGCAACAUGGUGCGCCUGAUGCCGACACGGUCUCCCAGCCUCCGGGCGUCCCUGUUGCCACUCUGCUGCCCCACUCCUGGAGUACCGGAUGCCUCCGAGCCUCGCCACUCAGCGCCAGAGCUCCGUGCCUCGGCGCCAGUCUGCCUGAGGCGGAACACUGGGGGGGAUUCCCGACGGCACGACGCGCCUUCCUCGCCGGCGUGAGGUGACUCCGGCAGAGCCGUCCCAUCGAACAACACCUUCCUGCUCUCACGGACUGAGGGCUCUUCCCGUUCCCUCCCGAGAUGGAGCCACGUCUCGCUGUGCUGAGACCAGGGCAGGUGAAGAUGCCUCGACCAGAGAUAUGGGCACCUGUUGCCGGCCCUGCUUUGUUCUGGCCUCCAGUACACUCCCCCCUACUUUCAAUCUGAAGAAGGGUCCCGACCCAAAAUGUAAACUAUCCAUUUUCUCCAGAGAUUCUGCCUGACUCGCUGAGUUACUCCAGCUCUUUGUGUCUAUCUCCGAAGGAUAUCGACUUUACUAGAAACAUCGUCUUGAAGAACAUCUUUGUAACAUACUGAUUAAAGUCACUAUGGAAAGAACUACACUUUAGUGUGACUUCAACGAUGUUGGAACUCACAAACUCCAAGCGCAUUCCCACUAAUCCUUCGGUGGACACAAAUGCUGGAGCAACUCAGCGGGCCAGGCAGUAUCUCUGGAGAGAAGGAAUGGGUGACGUUUCGGAUCGAGACCUUUCUUCAGACUAAUCAUUCUAAAGCCGGUGUAAUUGCUCAGUUGGUGGAGGGAAUUGUACAUUGAGUUUGGGGGUCUGCAUCAUCUAGAGUCAUACAGCAUAGAAACGGGCCUCUUCAAUGGUGGCACAGUUGCUGCCUCACAGUGCCAGAGACCCGGGUUCGAUCCUGACUAUGGGUGGUGUCUAAACAGAAUGUGUACGUUCUCACCGAGACUGUGCGGGUUUUCCCCGGGUACUCCGGUUUCCUCCCACGCUGGUCAGCAAGGACUUGGUGGGCCGAAGGACCUGCUUCUGUGCUGUAUCUCUAAACUAAACUAAGGUGCGCACUGGUAAUCGUGUCCAGAUUAAAGGACGUGCCGGACGGACCAGUUGCUGGGAAAUCGGUGGUGGAUCUGGACAUCAAAGGUCUGGAGGAAAAUGGGGUCAAACAUGGGCAAUUGGGACUAGUUUGAAUGGGGCAUCAUGGUUGGGGUGGACACCCUCUCUCUCUCUCACCCCCCUCUCCCUCCCUCUCUCUUAACCCCCUCGCUCUCUCUCUCUCUCACCCCAACUCUUUCUCUCUCUUCCACCCAGUAGGUAGAGAUAACUUGUUGGUCCGAAUGGCCUGUUUCUGUGCCGUAUGACUCUCGGAUAUGUCACUGCAUAUAAAUCUAAUAUAAUUUAUUAAGAUCAGCAGAGGUACCAGGGGGUUUCCAUCGCACGCUCCCACUGGUGUUUACACCUGGCGUGUGUCCAACCGAGGCAGAGUGCGACAUUCCAGGGCCGGAGAGCUGAGGGGGAACCACGCUGCCCAGAAGCCAGCAAGGACUGGACUGGGACAGUCUGGCGUCUGACCCUCACUCCCCCUGCUCUCUGUCCCAACCUCACUGGACUCUUUUACCAUGUGUGCUGACACCUAAACUGUAGAGCCCAUCAGAAUGCGUUAUCUAAUAACGCUCGGAGUUCAGUUGAUAGGCUUCAAGCCUCCUUUAUUCACAGCUUCAGAUGCUGGAGACAAAUCUAUCUCCGCUAAUUUACUUUAGAAACAAAGAACUGCAGAUGCUGGUUUAUACCAAAGAUAGACACAAAGUGCUGGAGUAACUCAGCAGGUCAUGCAGCAGCUCUGGAGAAAAGGGAUGGGUGGCAUUUUGGGUCAGGACGCUUCACCAGACUGAAUGGCUAUCUUAUGGUUUACUUUAGAUUUUAAAGAUACAGUGUGGAAACGGGCCCUACGGCUCACCAAGUCCGUGCUGACCAGCGAUCACCCCGAACAGCCAAAUGACCAGUUACUAUGCUGUAUCUCCAUCACACACUAUGCCAGAUUUCAUUGCUUAAGCCCUUGCAUUACAUCGGCACGUGUAGUGAAGGGUUGUAUGCUUUUUCUGAGUGAUGUUACUGAAACAAACUAUUUAAUUAAAGUUGUGCUGGAAACCA